AUGAAUGCCGACACACUUCGGUCGAUGACCUCGCCAAUGACUGACUUCCACAGAGAGGUCAUCUGGGCGGCAGUCUUCCUUGGCAUUGGCAUACUCUGGACCACAACGGUACUCACCAGGAAAGCUCUGCCUUUCCCGAUCGUCAACGAGAUCAAGUCAUGCUUGAACAUCAUCGAAGUGAUCGGUGAUGGCUGGCAUGAGCUUGACGUCAAGAAAGAUGUUCUGCAAUGGGUUGCUCGAUUAUCCGCACGCAUCUUCCUGCCAAGGAGCUUCAGCGAAAGCAAGGAGUGGUGUCGCAUAUCGAUCGAGUUUACAACGAGUGCCUUCAUCACAAUGGCAAUCGUUCGAUUCUUGCCCCGAUUCCUACGGUGGCCGGUGGAGAGAUUGCUCCCACUUUGCCGCAAAGUCCGUGCCGACUAUCGAGCUGCCGCGAUGAUGUUGACUCCAGUCCUUGAGGAGCGACAGAAGGAGAUCGCGGCUGCGCGACGCGAAGGCAGGAAGCCCCAAUUACCGGACGACUCCAUCGAGUGGUUCCGAAACUCUGCGAAUGGUCGCCAGUACAAUGAAAUCGAUAUUCAAAUGGGUCUCGCAGUGGCUGCUGUGCACACGACGAGUGACCUACUUGUCCAAGCUCUCCUCAAUCUGGCAUCUCAUGCCGAAAUCUUGAAGCCACUGCGUGAGGAAGCAGUGUCCGUGUUGACGCAGCACGGCUGGCAGAAGACUGCUCUAACAGAGUUGCGACUACUGGAUUCUUUUCUGAAGGAGACACAGCGUCUCAAGCCGAUCAACAUGGCAACAAUGCAUCGAAUCGCAACUGCGGACGUCGAGCUCUCCAACAACGUCAAGAUCGCCCGUGGCCAGGCAACAGCCAUUUCUUCGCACGAAAUGUGGUCCGAAAGCAACUACGAGAACGCAACACAGUUCGAUGCCUUCCGGUACGUCAAACGUCGGCAGAUCCCUGAAUUGGAGCACAACAGCUAUCUUGUUGCUACAAGUCCUGAUCAUCUCGGUUUUGCCCAUGGCAAACAUGCCUGUCCAGGGCGGUUCUUCGCGGCCAAUGAAGUCAAGAUUGCUAUGGUGCACCUCUUUCUCAAAUACGUCUUCAAGUUGGGAGACCCGAGCCAUGCAGUAUGGCGGGAGUUCGGAACAGCGAUGAUAGCUGAUCCGAAGGCGAAGCUUUCGAAGAUCGAGCUGGAAACACUAGCUGCCUAA